AUGAUGAGAUUAACAACAAUAAGCUGUAGCCUGAGCUUCCUGUUACCUGUAUACGCACGAGUCAUCUCUGACCCCUGUGCUACAACAACCACCUUACCUGUCAUUACCGUCACAAAAGGCCCCAAUGGUUACUACAACCAAUACAUUCGCACAUAUCAAGAGUUCUACCUUCAAGGCCUGACAACAAAAGUUUACACUAUUACACAGUCAUGCUCAGGUGUGAAUUGUCAGCCCUUACCUAUCGAAACCGCUCCUCCACCUGGUUUCACAUCUGCUUUGGUCAAAUGUGACAAGUGCGGAGGCUCGGGGACCAAAGUUGCUACUUUGACAUUCCCAACUGAGUCUGUGCAAGCAUAUUCAUCCUCUGGCUAUGUUGUUGUACCCAUUGCACAACCAACGCAGAUUCCUCUCCGUCAGAGUGAGCAAUCUCACAGCAGCUCAGUUUCUGAGAAUGGUUCUUCUGGCUCUGAUGCUGGCCAUGCACUGAACAACCAUGGUGCUUCUCUUUCUACAAACACUUCUCCAAACUCUGGAGAUUCGGCUGGACAGGACUCUGGCAGCGGAAGUCAAGAGAGCCAGGAUACUUCCAACAUUGGAUCCAUGCAGCCCCAGUCAAACAAUGGAGACUCUAAUGGUGAAUCUUCUGAUGAGGCAGAUUCCGUCAUUCCUGGAUCUCGGCCGUUAUCCGAGACACCUACCGCUGUUUAUCACUUUUCUCCCUCCAACUCAGCUCCUGCUGGCUCUAAUGGUCAGUCUUCAUCUUCAGCAGACACAGGCUCAUCUGAUGAGGCCGCCGCCGGACAUGAUACAUUGUAUCCAAUUCCUAACCAGAAAACCGGCAACCCAUAUGCAGGCGACACUUCUGGUGCAUCGAGCAACGGAUCCGGCUCGUCGGGCAACAACUCCCCCUCUCAAAAUGAUACCCCCUCUAGUGGAAACCCAGCCACGAAAGACUCUGGCGAUGAUAGCUGGAGUCCCGAUUCCCCGAUCACUGUUAAUGGUGCGGGCCAUAUCAAGACAAAUGUUCUUACAUGUGUAUCAGCGAAUAUUGCUGGCAUGUUUGUUUUGAGCUUGCUAGUAUAA